AUGGCCAACGAAAAUUGGGAAGAAAUCAGUGCCUGGGACAUUGAAGAGGAUAUGGAUAUGGAUUUGACUCAAAGAAUCACCGUGCACACCGUUCGCCACCUGAACCCUGAUGAUGCCGAAGAUUUAGAGUACCAAUUGGUACAGGCUCACAAAUUUCCUACCUACGCCGCAGCCACAAAAUGGGGCAAUCAACAUAAGAAAAAAAAGUCAAUCAAUAUUAACGUCGACGACGAUGUAGCCAAAGAGGUGCCAGAAGAGAAGGAAAAGGAAAAUGUACCAAAAGGGGUGCUCCUGGGAAAACCAGCAAAGCCAACGAACGAUAAAAACCUAUUAGAUGAUGAUCACGAAGUGAACCAGUCUACAUCCUCGCCAAGUUGUAUACAUCCUUCGCCACCACCUUCCGAUCCUGAUCCCGUGAAUUCUAGUAGGUCAUUGUCUCGUCGACAUAAUGAUCGCGUGCACAAGCUGUCCAAUCAACGACUGCUUAACCAGUUGGUUAGUCCAGUCGAGAUGGAUACAAAUUUGGUGAAAGGAGACACCAACCGGGAUCCGGAAUUCACGAAAUACAAAAUGUUGAAGAAAUCCAUGAAAUAUAAGAAUGGUAACACCAAGAAUAAGGACCGAAAAGGUGGUGUGGAUAAGUUGAGGGUGGAGGUUUGGUAG